AUGGCGGAGGCAGGGACAAUUGCGCCGGUUCCAGGCGAUUCGUCUAGUACCCCACAGGUACACAAGUCAGAUUACACGGAAAACCCACCAUCGGAAACAAAAGUCGAAGAAGCUCCGCGAAAGAAGACCAAGUAUGGACAGCCCCCAGUGUUAGAUAAUGUGAAGCUGCGCGCACGUACGACAUUCGUUCCAGCGGGGCUGCAGGCCUUUUUGCGAUUACCGUCGGGAAUGGUGAAACAGGUGACAUUGGAACGUGGAAAAACGGUAUCGAUCGGUAAAUUUGGCUCCUUCCAGGCCGAUGAAAUCAUCGGUCGUCCGUUUGGCCCAACCUAUGAAAUCAAGCAAGAUGGCUCCCUGGAGGUUAUGAAUCAAGAUGUUGCCGAAGCCUUGGUGGAAAGCGAGGCGACCAACGAAAACAUCUUCGAUGAUGGAGAAUCGCAAUCUCUUUCGUACGAAGAUAUUAAAGCGUUGAAGGAGUCGGGUGCCAGUGGUCGAGAAAUUAUUCAAAAGCAGCUGGAAGGAAAUAAGAGCUAUGAACUCCGCACAGCUUACAGCCAGGAGAAAAUCAUGAAGCGGAAAGAAUCAAAGCAUUUGAAAUUCUUCACGCCCCUUCCGCCGGAUUUGUUCACAGUAGCGACGUACAACUUUGAGCGCAGCCCUGAAAAGGUCCGCGGAAUGCGCGCGGAUGCCCUCGCACAAUGUCUCUCGUUCUCGAACAUCCAAGCAGGAGGCAAGUACCUCGUGGUGGACAAUAUCGGUGGUCUCCUAGUAGGCGCUGUGCUCGAACGAAUGGGGGGGUCGGGCUCUGUCCAUCUCAUUCACGAUGCCGAUUCACCGCCUGCACUGGAGCUUAUGCCCCAUUACAACCUAACUGAAUCACACGUACAGGGUGUAUUGCGGACGAUGCACUGGGCUGCUACCGAGUCUCGAUGGACACUACCUUCACAUAUGGCCGAAGAACUUGCACGCGUAUAUGCGACAGAACGUGAGAAGAAUCGCGCAAGGAAAAAGCGCGCUGGUAUUGAGGAUUUCUUGGCCACGAGGCAACAGUUUUUCGAUGGAGAAUUUGAUUCCCUGAUUAUUGCUAGCCCCUAUGAGUCCUACUCUAUGAUUCAUCGGCUCUUACCGUACUUAGCUGGCUCGGCCAACGUGGUGGUGCACAGCCCUCACUUGCAGCCCUUGGUCGAAGUCCAGGCUCGUCUUCGUGCCAAUCCCGCUUUCAUCAACGUUUCGAUUACAGAGCCAUGGCUGCGGCGAUACCAAGUCCUUCCUGCUAGGACACACCCAGACAUGACGACAUCGGCUAGUGGGGGCUACCUAUUGCACGCAAUUCGUAUUCUCGAUUCUGACGAAGACUUUUCUUCCUCCACAUAA